AUAUAAAUUUCCUGAAUGGCAAUAGUGAUUUGUUUACAUUUUUCGUAGCGACCGUAGUUCGUUGAUAUGUUUGUGAAAAUUUUCAAAUCGCAUUAAUUUCAAAAUGAUUGGGACUCCAAGCAAAGAUGAUAUGGAAGUGGAGAUUGUAGAGGAAAGUGAUAUUGAUGAGAUAAUGAGAAAUAGCAUAUUAGACUGCGUAGCUGAAAGUGAUGGGUUUUUUAAAAGCCAGCAAGUAGGUGAGAUAGAUUUGACUAUUGCAGAAAAACGAGAGAUAGCAAGCAAUCUCUUGGGUAGAAAUGUGCCUCUUUUUUUGCAACGUUAUUGGAAGUACAUAAAGCUGCAAGAUAUACCUUUUUUCGAUUGCCAUCAGGCAGAUUACGAAGUUAAUUUUUACUUAACUGAAAUUCGUAAAAAUCACAACUGUAGGUCAAGUAAAGUGCGAGUAAGAAACAGAAGGUACGAAGCUUUGAAAAAAAUGGUCGAAGAGGGAAAAUAUUUUAGUGAUGCUGAAAUGAGAAAAAGAAGUCCAUUUCUGUAUGACCAAUUAAUUGGUCAGCAUCUUACUGAAAACGAAAGAAUUUCUGCAUAUAAAGAACAGCACAAAGAUCAAAAGUUUUCCAGUUUUCUUAUGGAUCAAUUAGAAAGGAAUCAAGAGAAUUACUUAUUUGAAUGUCAAAAAGAUGAAGAUGAAGCAAUAGUUGAAGAAGAAGAUGAUGAUACAGAAGAAGAAUCUGAAUUGGAAGAUGAUAUUCCUACAAACAGAACUGUCACAGAACAAGAAAAAACACUGCUACGUAAUGAAUUUACAAAUAUUAUGUAUGAAAAUUUUCUUGCUGGAAAAGAUGAAGACUUUGAUUACAGUUUGGUAGAUAAUAAUGUGGAAUACGAUUCGGUACACCAAAGGAAUCUAGAUGAAGAGGAGAAGUACUUUGAUGAAGAUACAUCUGAAAAUACAGACUGAAUUUUAAUCUGUGUAAAUAGACUUUUUGUAUAAUAGUCUUAUUCAGUUCCAUCUAAUCUUCUUUUUAAUAAUAUGGAAAUUAACUUCUGUAUAUGUAUGUACAUAUAUUUAUUAUAAAUUAUAUAAUUUACUGUUUCU